AUGGCUACUGAAUUCACCCUUUUUUCUUUCCUCCCUUGGGAGCUUCGGCGAAUGAUAUGGCUCGAAUGCACCGAGAGCCGGGUCGUCGAGCUCGAAGUCCCACCCGAGAUGUACCUCUCCGGCCACUCCAUCACCUGUGUUUCUUGGACUGCCCAUCAGAACACAAGACCACCUGUCGUGAGCAGAGUCUGCCAUGAAUCUCGACAAGCUGUCCUAAGCCAGUGUGCCAGGGCCCUAGACGACCAAGAGACCCGGGAGCGCGCUGACCCGUACAUCACCACCCAGUCUCCAUGGUUUCACCCAGGGAAGGACAUCGUCACCUUCAGCUCGCUAAAGUGCAUCUACCCGUACGACCUCGAAAUCGAUGGAGAAACAUCGUACUUCAUAGAGUACGCGAAACAGGCGAAGGACGUCGUCAUUCCGGCUCGCCUUAUCUACCCCCUUCGACACCUACGCCUUCCCAUGGAACAGGGGGAGUUCAGAUCAAUCAUCCCCCGUGUGGUGGCGGACCAGCUAGCUCCAUUGAAGAGCUUCAUGGUGUGUCUCAAAACCAUUGAGGUGCACAUGCCACCGGAGGAGUUCCUGAAGUCAACCCUCUCGGGCCGAACCGGCGACAGCCUGGUUCACAUCGUCGACGUCUUCGACAUGGCCCAGAUCGAGCAGAUCCUCGGAGAGGUGGAAAAUGCCUGCCCGCAGGAGAAGGACGUCCUCUCCGCCUUUGCCCUCCUUCGUGACAGCGAGAAACUUCACGAAGAGGUGGGCAUUUGGCAAGAGGAGGCCAGAAAGAACUGGCUCUGCCAGAUGUACGGAUGCACACACUCCGAUGACCAGAGGGCUUACGACGAGGCAAAUGGCAUCCCGAAGCGCAACCCCGAGUGCUUCGUGGGCCCACCUGGGGAAGACUCCAGUGUUGAACCGCUGAGUCGGGAACAAUUCAUUGAAUUGUACCGCCAGAAGCCGCCGCGCUUCGACAAGUUCGGGUUCGACAUGGAGGAUCCCUGGGUCCAGUGGGCUAAAGACCAAGUGCCGACCUUCCGUCCGGUCAUCAUGUUUCGGCUCUGCGUGGGGAAUUGCGCAUCGCUGCGCUCUACCUACUUCAGGAGACAAUUGUUCUCCGGGAGAUACCCGGGAGACUACUCCCAAAGCCUCAUGUCGCAGUAUAGCAAGGUGCGCUUCACUGAGUGGAACUCGGAGGGGGAGAUGGCUGCCGAUAAGAGAAAGGUGGUGAAGAGGCUACAGUAA